CUCGAAGAGAGAUAAGACGGAGCAGCAGAGGCAUUAAAGAGGGCUUGGAGUUUGAGUUUCUAACAACGCAACGGAAAUUGAAUCAUCUCAGUGAUGGCGCUCAGGUCCUGUGCGUCAUGGUUGUUAGUAGCGGGAAUGGUAAUACUAAGCCAUUCGUCGUCACUCUGGGCAGCGGCCAAGACGAAGGACAUAUUUAUACUGGGAGGACAGAGCAACAUGGCGGGCCGCGGCGGCGUUCAGGGAGGCAAAUGGGACGGCAAUCUGCCGCCGGAGUGCCGACCCAACCCAUCGAUCUGGAGACUGAACGCUCAGCUGCAAUGGGAGGAAGCACACGAGCCUCUCCACGCUGGCAUUGACGUGGGCAACACCUGCGGCGUAGGCCCCGCAAUGGCUUUUGCCAACCACGUCAUUGGAUGGGCGGGUGGUACGGUGGGUCUGGUCCCCUGCGCAGCCGGUGGGACUCGAAUUUCGCAGUGGAGCCGAGGAUCCCGUUUGUAUACCCAGCUCAUACAGCGAGCCAAUCGCUCUGUGAGUGAGGGUGGCACUGUUAGAGCACUUCUGUGGUAUCAAGGUGAGAGCGACACGGUGAGAAAAGAGGACGCAGACUCUUAUAAGGCUCGCUUGCAGAGCUUCUUCACGGAUCUCCGUUCUGAUCUUCAACUUCCUUCUCUCCUCAUUAUCCAGGUGGCAGUGGCAUCAGGGGAAGGCAGAUACAUACAGAGGGUGAGAGAGGCUCAAGUGGGGAUGAAGCUGCCGAAUGUGAAGUGCGUGGAUGCCAAGGGAUUGCGCCUCAAAUCUGACAGGCUUCACCUCACCACUAUGUCUCAGGUUCACUUGGGCGUCAAGUUGGCUCGUGCCUAUCUCGCCUCUUACUCCCAUCACCCAACCUUGCCUCACCACUAGCCCUCCUUUUCCUACGUCUAAAUAUACA